AUGAUUACUUUUCCAACACCACUAGUCGCGACAUUUGUGUCAAAAGAGGGUCAUAUUGCAACAAAUCCUCUUAAUGAGCAGAGAACUGUUACUGCGGAUUGGUAUACCACCAUUUGUUUGCCAAAAGUCAUCACCGAGCUUCGAAAAAUCAACCCUGAAGGAAAAAUCAUCCUCCAACAAGACAAUGCAAGCUCGCACACAGCCCAAAAAACAAGACAGUAUUUAACGGAAGAAACCGUGGAAUUAUUGGACCAUCCUCCAUAUAAAGAAGCAGUUGACGCAUUCAAAAAUGCCGUGUUGGAUCUGCCAGCAAACAAGUGGAAUAAGUGCUUCGAAAAUUGGUUCGAGCGCAUGCAGACGUUACUGGGUUUUGUUAUGGUUUUUGUAGUUACUGUGUUUUGA